GUGCCAAGGUCUUUGUGGCUAGGCUGCGCCAACCUGGUAGAGAGCAUGUGCGCACUGAGUUGCCUGCAGAGCAUGCCCAGUGUCAGAUGUCUCCAGAACACUUCAGUUAUGGAGGAUCAAAAUGAAGAUGAGUCCCCAAAGAAAAAUACUCUUUGGCAGAUAAGUAAUGGCACAUCAUCUGUGAUCGUCUCCAGAAAGAGGCCAUCAGAAGGCAACUACCAGAAAGAAAAAGACUUGUGUAUUAAGUAUUUCGACCAGUGGUCUGAGUCAGAUCAAGUGGAAUUUGUGGAACAUCUUAUUUCACGAAUGUGUCAUUAUCAGCAUGGCCAUAUUAACUCUUAUCUGAAGCCCAUGUUGCAGCGGGACUUUAUUACCGCUUUACCAGAGCAAGGUUUAGAUCACAUAGCAGAAAAUAUUCUUUCCUACCUGGAUGCCAGGUCUCUGUGUGCAGCAGAGCUGGUGUGUAAAGAAUGGCAGCGAGUGAUCUCGGAAGGGAUGCUGUGGAAGAAGCUGAUUGAGCGAAUGGUGCGCACUGAUCCUCUAUGGAAGGGGCUUUCAGAAAGAAGAGGGUGGGAUCAGUACCUGUUUAAAAACAGACCCACAGAUGGCCCUCCUAAUUCAUUUUAUAGGUCAUUAUACCCAAAGAUUAUCCAGGAUAUAGAGACUAUAGAAUCUAAUUGGCGGUGUGGACGGCACAACUUGCAGAGGAUUCAGUGCCGCUCUGAAAAUAGUAAAGGUGUCUACUGUUUACAGUAUGAUGAUGAAAAAAUUAUCAGUGGCCUACGAGAUAAUUCUAUUAAGAUUUGGGAUAAAACCAGCUUGGAAUGUUUGAAAGUAUUAACGGGCCACACAGGCUCUGUCCUUUGUCUCCAGUAUGAUGAACGUGUCAUUGUAACUGGCUCUUCAGACUCAACAGUAAGAGUCUGGGAUGUGAACACGGGUGAAGUUCUCAACACGCUGAUCCACCACAAUGAGGCUGUACUGCACUUACGCUUCAGCAAUGGACUCAUGGUGACCUGUUCCAAGGACCGCUCCAUCGCCGUGUGGGACAUGGCAUCUGCCACUGAUAUCACUUUACGCCGUGUCCUGGUUGGCCAUCGUGCUGCUGUCAACGUAGUAGAUUUUGAUGAUAAAUACAUUGUGUCUGCCUCCGGUGACAGAACUAUCAAAGUCUGGAGCACAAGUACCUGUGAAUUUGUUCGUACUCUCAAUGGGCACAAGCGAGGCAUUGCCUGUCUGCAGUACAGGGAUCGACUGGUUGUUAGUGGAUCAUCAGAUAAUACCAUUAGGUUAUGGGAUAUUGAAUGUGGCGCCUGCCUAAGAGUCCUAGAGGGACAUGAAGAAUUGGUCCGCUGCAUCCGGUUUGACAACAAGAGGAUUGUCAGUGGGGCCUAUGAUGGGAAAAUUAAAGUUUGGGACUUGCAAGCUGCUCUUGACCCUCGAGCCCCUGCAAGCACUUUGUGUUUGCGCACACUGGUGGAACAUUCUGGACGUGUGUUUCGGCUACAGUUUGAUGAGUUUCAGAUCAUCAGCAGCUCCCAUGAUGACACUAUUUUGAUUUGGGAUUUCUUAAAUGUGCCUCCCAGUGCCCAGAAUGAGACCCGUUCUCCCUCCAGAACAUACACUUACAUCUCCAGAUAA